AUCGCUUGAAAACUUACUUAAUCCGGAGUAUAUACUUCCUCCAUCCCUAGACGAUUUUCCUACAGGAAAAACUUAAAAGGAUAUCUAAAAAAGAAAUAUGGCUAAAUUUUUAAGGAUGGAGGGAGUAAUGAGUAACUUAAGCAUGUACGUAAAAAGGUUAUUGCACACAAUGUAUUGUUUUUAUCUUGGUUUGAUCUUGUUAAUGAGCAUGUCAGGUUAUGUAUGUAUUACUGUUCUGUCAAAGUCUAGAUUAUACUCGAUAUACAGUGUCCAAUCUAAGCAAAACAAAUUCGUACCGUGGUUCAAGAUGUUUUGAAAUUUUAAUUCUUGGUCCGGUGUACUCAAAAUUUUGGUGCCACAUAAUUUUCAUGUACUUCCAUAUAUUUUAGUUUUUAACUCGUAAUUCAAAAGGUAUUAAAAAUUAGGCUCUCAUUAGUCCCGUUCCUAUAUGAAUUAUUUGUUCCCCAUUAUUAAUCAAUAUUUAAAUGUUGAUAAAAUAAAAAUAAAACCAAAGUUGCAAGUUGACAAUACGGAGUAUAUAUCAUAUUUCAAAUAGUUAAAGACAACCCCAUAUAAGGGGUGUUCUUUUUGACGGAUGAUAUAUAAACUUUGCUGAGGUGAACUUAUUUGAACUUGUUGGGACCGAUUAAAUCUAAUUGAAAUUUAUUGGGCUUAAUCAUACCUUAUUGCAAGAGAGUAAACUUGAAACAGUAAAUUUUAAGAUUUGAUUGAAACUUAUUGACCUAAUAGAGCAAAUUCUGAACUUGUUAAAACCUGAACUUGUUUUUUCUAAGGUGAAGAGGAAACACUUAGAAGAAAUAAUCAAAUUAUUCAACAAAUAUGUCAAAUUAUUCAAGGGUCCAAUUCUGACAGAAAAGGAUAAGACGAGAUGUGUGAUCUACAAUAUAAAUAUAGAAAACCAAUUCUGUUAUCCUCAUAACAGCUUCUUGUUACUUGAACAGAAAAAGAAGCUGCUGAGGGGAGGAACCACUUUGCAGCCAACAGAAGAGCUGAUAUUCAAAGGAUAAACAAACAGUAAUAUUUCAGUGAUUCACAUCCUGAAACUUUGGAUUUUAAUCUAACAAUUACAAUAUAUAAUGGAUGAAAUGUGAUCAGAGUCUAGAAGGUCGCGAUUCUUGCUUGGAUGCUAGUAGUUUCUACUUGGAAAAUUACAUUACUUGGACUCAUCAUUUCACCUUUACUACCGUGCCUGAUUCUCGACAUUCUGACAAUAUUGUGCAUUCAUUCAGUAGGACCAAUUCGCAACAGUCUGUGAUUCGGAUGGUUAAUUUGUUAUUGCCGGCUGAUGAAAUGAUCAUAAAAAGCAGCUUAUGACCGGUCACACACAACUAGAGGUGGCCUAAUCAAGAAUGUGGUGGUGAACAGAAAGCAUGUGUUAGUUUUUCAAUCUUAGCAAUUUCCCCAUAUUUAACUUGGCUGUUUCUGUAACAGCUUACAGAGAAGUUGAGUAUAAAUAUACUUCACUUGAAUUGAAAUCCAAAACAAAAACUAAACCAUUUCAGAGAGAGAUAGCACCUGAAAAGAGGAUCUACCAGUAAUCAAGAUUGUCGUGAUUUGUUCCAACUUAAGUCAGCGAAAUGGCAAAGAUGUUGCUGAACUAUGUGCCCGUUUAUGCAAUGUUACCAUUGGGAGUUGUUACGCCAGACAACAACUUUCAGAACCAGGAUGACAUCAAGCGACAACUAUACAAGCUGAAGGAAGCAGAAGUUGACGGAGUCAUGGUGGAUGUGUGGUGGGGAAUAAUAGAAGCAAAAGGACCUAAACAAUACGAUUGGAAGGCAUACAGGAGCUUAUUUCAGGCCAUUAAGGAUUGUGGUCUGAAAAUACAAGCAAUAAUGUCAUUCCACCAAUGUGGAGGGAAUGUUGGAGAUGCUGUUUACAUACCACUUCCUCAAUGGGUACUUCAGGAUGGAGAUGGAAAUCCCGAUAUCUUCUAUACUAACAGAAGGGGUACCAGGAACAAAGAGUACCUUACUCUUGGUAUUGAUAACGAACCUAUCCUUGGUGGGAGGACUCCUGUUCAGAUAUAUAGUGAUUUCAUGAAGAGCUUCAGAGAGAAUAUGUCAGAUUUCCUAGAUGCUGGCACAAUAGUUGACAUUGAAGUAGGUCUCGGCCCUGCUGGAGAACUACGAUAUCCUUCUUAUCCACAAAAUCAAGGAUGGAACUUCCCAGGAAUAGGGGAAUUUCAGUGCUAUGACAAAUAUCUUAGAGAAGAUUUUAAGAAGGCUGCAACUGAUGCUGGCCAUCCCGAGUGGGAAUUGCCACAGAAUGCAGGACAGUAUAAUGAUAGACCAGAUGGAACAGAGUUUUUCAGGAACAAUGGAACUUACGUUACAGAAAGUGGAAAAUUCUUCUUGACUUGGUACUCCAACAAGUUAUUGAUCCAUGGUGACCAGAUUCUGGAAGAAGCAACUAAAGCCUUUUGUGGCUGCAAAGUCAAGAUAGCAGCUAAAGUUUCUGGAUUACAUUGGUGGUACAAUGAUGAAAGUCAUGCUGCUGAGCUUACUGCAGGAUACUACAACUUGUAUGACAGAGAUGGGUAUCGGCCAAUAUCAAGGAUGCUUUCUCGGCACUAUGGGGUUUUAGAUUUCACUUGUCUUGAGAUGAAGGACUAUGAACAACCUGGUUAUGCUGAAAGUGCUCCACAAGAGCUUGUCAAACAGGUGUUAAGUGGAUGCUGGAGAGAAAAUAUAGAGGUAGCAGGGGAAAAUGCACUUCCUAGAUAUGAUGCCAAUGCGUAUGAUCAGAUGCUGCUGAAUGCUAGGCCAAAUGGGGUGAAUAGAGAUGGUCCGCCAAAACUGAAGAUGUAUGGCUUGACAUAUCUUCGUUUGUCUAAUCAGCUUAUUGAUGGAGGGAACUUUUGGCUAUUCAAGACAUUUGUGAAGAAAAUGCAUGCGGAUCAAGAGUACUGCCCAAACCCUGAAAACUAUGGAAGGCAAGUGAUUCCACUGCAGCUGUCAAAGCCAAAGAUAUCGUUGGAGGAACUUUUAGAAGCAACCAAACCAAUGGGACCAUUACCCUUCAACAGUGAAACAGAUAUGAAAGUGUAGUUGGUAAACAUGAAAACUGCCAAGCAAGCAGCUGAUGUUCGUUUUAGCACAAUUAAGCAAUAAGGAAAGGCCAGAUCCUAUCAAUAAUGGUUGUUCUUGUAAUUUGUUGUUUCUGUUAUUUGUUGUUGUUUUAUCCAAUAAGGAAACUCCUGCAUCCUAAGGAUACAUCUACUAUUGUAAUAAAAUCCGGGAAGCUAAGGAUAUGACAUCCAAGCAAGUUUUAUUUUCAUCUCA